AUGAGGUGGAAACUGCCGAGGGGUGGCGGCGCUGGGCGUGGCCUCCCGCACGCGGCAACCCGCGAUUGGAAACCGGACGGCCAAUGGCAACCGAGAGGGGCGGUGCCGCGGUCGCGUACGCGGUACGCCCCGCGGAGGCUGCGGAGCCAGUGCGGAAGCCGCGGGCGAUGUGAGCGCAUGGAGGCGGCGCGCAGCGCGUUCUCCAUCGAUGCCCUGAUGGCGCGCGCCGACGCCGCGCCGCCCCCGCAGCCGCAGCCGCAGCCACCCCCGCAGGCGUCGGCGCCGCUGCCGCUGCAGCUGGGUCUGGGGUUGCCACUGGGGCUGCCUCUGCCGCUGCCGCUGCUGUACGGCGCCUGGCUACCCGUGUCGGCGCCGCCACCACCCCCGCAGCAGCCGGCCCCGCCGCCUCCCCCCUCGCACAGCCCACCGGCGCCGGCUCCCGCCCCUGCGUCUGUGCCAGCGUCUGCCGUUGACGGUACCUCCGUCGCAGACAGGCGCGGCGACAUCCAGCACGCGGCCGUGGGCAGCAGCAAGUCCCGGCGGCGGCGCACCGCCUUCACCAGCGACCAGCUGCUGGAGCUGGAGCGAGAGUUCCACGCCAAGAAGUACCUCAGCCUCACCGAGCGCUCCCAGAUCGCCGCCGCCCUCAACCUGUCAGAGGUGCAGGUGAAGAUCUGGUUCCAAAACAGGCGGGCCAAGUGGAAGCGCGUGAAGGCGGGCCUGACGUCUGGCGCCGGAUCACGCACCACCGGAGCGGCUCCAGCACCCAAGAUCGUGGUGCCCAUCCCGGUCCACGUGAACCGGUUUGCUGUGCGCAGCCAGCACCAGCAGCUGGAGAAGUGUGCUGGGCUGCGCGCCCCACACCAUCGACCGAGACCCGCCACGCCACCUCCAGGGCUGGCCGCCAUCUGAACCACUGUGACCAGCAUUCUCCACAUGCACCGGUUCGCCGAAAUUCGCCAGGACCAACAGCUGCUCAUCUGGGCCGGCCAGUGCACACUGUUGGAUCUGCAGUGCUCCACUCCGCCACCUACAGACCUCGCCUUCAUUUGAGCGCCGCGCCACUGUCACGGGUAUUCUGGCACGCGGAACGGUGCCAGAAGUAACUGUUUCACGCCACCACAUAUGCAGCACCUCACUACGGCAUCUCAAGCAUUCACCAUUACCUGGAAGUCACACUAAUGUAGUGACCAUUCUGUUGCUUGCUGUUGACGUGUCACCUGCAGUUACACAAAACGGCAAGGGCUAUCAGCCCUGUCACGACGGCAGAGCAGCCCAGGUCUAGUCGUCACCUGCAGACUGUUCACCAGGAAGAUGACUGUUAUUCCCACUUCGUUCACAGUAGGGAAUGUGCACGUGAAUUCAUCACUCAGUGUCCCGCUAAAGUGAGAGUCUCUGUAAUGUAUCUGAAAUAACAAAAAACGUAUACACAAGAAGUUUAUUCCAAUGAUUCACUACAUUAUUCUGGACCUCGAGUAAUCAUCAAGGAAACUGUGACAGUGUGGAAAUGAUGCAUCCAAUAUACUUUAAAAUUAUUCACAAAACACGGUAUCUAGUUCACAAAGACUCUAUUAUGCGUUCUGUCCUACUGAGAAAGCGCAUCCUGAAGGCCAAUAUGGUGAAUUGCAAUCAAACACAAAAGUCACACCACAUUAUUGACCUAAAUCAGGACUAUGUUCAGUACGCUAUGCUACACCAUCCUACUAUUGUGAUCACAGGAAGAUCUUCUGUACUUUCAAUUAGGGAACUUCUGAUAGUCUCCUACCUCAGUUCCAGAAUUAAAGCAUAGUGUUUGUAAGCGUUCCACAGUUCCUCACGAGUAAUAGUGAAUCCAGUGAUUGAAAAUAUAUCAAACAUCUGAAUUCCUUCAUGCCAAAGAAGCUAAGAAUUUUCUUUGUAUCGCACAUGACUGAUUUACUUUCAGAGAAAUACUAAUGUUUGUUAACCUUAUAGGUAUGAAGGUAAUGUUUAGGGCCACCUGUACAUUUGUUGCCUUAAAGUGGACUGGGAAGUAUCCUAUUAAAUGCUGAUAUGUGGUGCCAUUUUCAGAGGCACGUAAAUAAUGAAAUAAUGCGUUCCUUUUGUCUUCAUGAAGAUUGCUGGAAAACACUUGGCUAGCAUGUAUCACUGUACGUACCUCACAUCUCAGUAAAGAGUUGAUACAGAAAUAAUUGGAAAGAAGGAGAGUGAAAAGUCCUAUUAAAAUCUUGUUUUCUACGACAGCGAAGCUCCCCAUAGCAGAUAUCAAAGUUGCGGUAUCGUAUUUCGAAAUCCAUCACUGUAUUCUGGGGACGCUCAUCAACAUUACAAUGUUCAGUGCUGAAGCCUACGCAGAACUACACAACAGUUGGCAGAUGUCAUGCACAUCGCUGUUAGAAAUUGCUAUUAAUUCCAGUUUAUAUUCACUUCAUUCAGAGAUACCUGCCGAAAGCUUUAAUGGUAGUGCCCUAGUCGAUUUUAAAAAGGAUGUGAGAAGAUAUCAGUCAUGUUACUAUUGAAGAAACGCAAAUUUUUUCUUCAAAGACGAAGCUCAAAAUGUACUGACAUCUGAACGAAUUUCCUCUGUGUAUGUAUUACAAUGAGCAGCAUAUUUCUACAACUACUGCUCACUGUUCAUUUCCUUGCUACAGAGGCCACCAGUAAUAAGGAAAAACAACUGCACAAGAGAUUUUAUUUCCCUUUCUUUCCUUAGCUGCAAUACUGCAGCAACUGGUAAUUAAAUUCUGGAUCGUUUUCAAGCAAACAGCGCGAAAGAGGCGAUGAGAAAGGGGGAUAUUGGCCACCUGCUUUUGUGUUGUACCUACCACUUCAGCGUUCGCCUGCAGUGUUUUAGGGAAAUACGGGGCUACUGCCGAUUAUAACCGCUGUGCCACCUCACUUUGUAAAAUGCUUUAGGACAGGCACGAAGCGAAAUUAAUGUCACAUAUAUGAAUAUUUGGCAGUUUAUUCACUGAUAAUCCUUGUUCUAGUGUCCAAAUACGCUUCAUUCUCGGCAACAGACUGUACAAGUUCACGACUAGGCACUCCGUCUCAAAGAUAGUUUCACGUGCCAGUACAAACUCACAAAACCUCAUAUAGCUCUAUGGCUCAUCAGGUUAUAGAAAAGUCACAUUCUCUUGUUCUCGUUGUUGUGGUAGCAUGUAAAAUAUGGAAUGUGAAGAGCAACAGUUCCAAUCCUAACACACUUCAGUUACCUUUGUAUUAUUGGAUUUCGAUUUUGAGCCACUUUAUAAGAUAAAGAACAAAUUUCAACGUGUAUCCUGCUAACACAGUAAACCCAUUGUGUAACACUCCUCACCAAUGAUAUGUGUGGUGCCUCGCCUAUUAUUCAAUUUUUAUUCGUAGAUGAAGUAAGACAAGCUACAGUAAAUUUGUUCACAAUAUUGGUCAAGACUGCCUACCGAACCAAUUUCACAGAACAACCAAUAUCAAUAAUUAACCGAGACUUAAUCAUACAACAACAUAAACGUGAGUUUCUUUUUGAAAGACAGGAAGCCAGCAAGCAUUUCAACAAGAAUUCGGCAUUCAACCACAAUACUUCCUUUCAAAACUGACUUCCAGGACAAUAACUAAUAAUGAAAUGGACUUCAUAUCAACUUAAAUGAGACUACGAGUGUUCAAUAGUGACGAUGGAAAAAGAAAGCGGACUGUAGUUCUCAUAAACAAAUGUGCAGUCAAGGACUGACUAGUCUGUUCAAUCAGUAACUAAUCUAACAAAUGUAAUAUGUGUAAAAUAUUCUUGAUUGAAUUCAUUUUGUGCAAUAAGAGUCAAUAUGCCGACUCUCAUUGUUAAGUAUUUCAGCUGUUUUCAGUGUUUUUCAUUAUAUCUUUGCAAUGCGAAAAACGAGAGAUGCAUGUAAUUUGAUCGAAUAUUAAGAUUAUGUUCGAUCUAGACCUUUUCAAAUGCUCUGUUUUGUUUUACGGCUGGUCGCUUACUUACUGUGUGUGCCAUAUGGUAUAACGAUGUGAGAUUAUUCAGUCCUAGGGAAAUUGUUCUUAUGUACUAAAGAGUAAAAUGAUUGUGUGUAGGCUAUUUGCAUCUAAGAACGGUGUACAGCAAGAAUAUUCAUAAUAAAAAACGAUACAAAUA